AUAUUGAAUUAGUAAGCUUUUCAGGUUUAUUAGUAUGUUCCAAGAGUUAAAUGAAAGUUAUUCCAAUGAAUUUACUUCAUUUACUGAACAUUUUAGCUUUGAAGCAGGUCACUGCCCAUUUGCAAAAGUUUGAUGAGGUUGUAAUUCACAAUCAUUUAAAGGCUGGACUAGUUGCAUGGCAAGCAUUUGAGAUGUCUUCAAAUUGAUAUAUCACCAAAUGCUUACAGGAGUGGUUUGUUAUCUACCAUGAUGAAAUAUUUGCAACUCAGCACAAAACUAAUUCCAAACUAAUUUUUAGAUGGAGAACUUGUGCCUUUUGUAACACACUAAAGAAGCUUUUCUUCCAGUACUUACCUGUUUGUAUGUUGGACGUGUUUAAAAACAGUUAUAAAAUGUGCUGAAUUUUAUUAUUUUAAAUACCUUUCUAUUUUAGUUUGGUAUUCACAGCUCUUGAUGUUUCCAAGUACAGCACAGUACAAUACAUACAUUCUUGGUAUUUUACCUUUAUUAUUUUAUUCAUAGUGAUGAGAAUAUUGUUUAUGCAUAACUAAAAGAAACUUGGCAGAUGAAAAUGUUUGCUAGAAAUUCUUGCAUACCUCAUUUUCAUCCUUGUCUCUUCAGAGCAGCAUCAUUGAAAACUGUUGAUUAGUGGUACCACAACAAUUGAGAGUAACUAUAAAAGUCUUUUUGCUAAAUUGUGUUUUGCUAAAAAGAAUACAAAUGUCAGAAUGUGUUUAUAAUUAUUUUAAUUAAGAUCAUGUUUUGUACAGAGGAAAGUCUUUCGGAAGAUGAUGGAGGAAGUGCCACAGGUACUCCAGCUGGUACCUUAGAUCGUGGCACUCAGGCUCCAUGGUCAGGAUCUACUCGAAAGCAGCGUAAUGCUUUAAAAAUUGCAAGACAAGCUGAGUUGAAAAGGCUAAGGAUGGCUCAGGAGAUACAGCGUCAACUUGAGGAAUGUGAAGUAAAGACAAGAGAGCUUGAGGAAAGAGGAGUUGCUGUAGAAAAAGCUUUAAGAGGAGAAAAUGGAGGAGCCAGUCGAGAUGAAGCAGAGCUAAUAAGUGACUGGUUUUCCAUGGUGCAUGAGAAGAAUGCUCUCGUGAGAUGGGAACAGGAACUUAUGGUAAGAGCCAAGGAGCUUGAACUAGAGGAUCGGCACGUCAGGUUGGAACAUGAAUUGAGACAUCGCAUGGCUUUAUCAGAACGUGAAAAAUCCAGAGAAGACAUUGAUCGUGAGGGCACCAUCCUUGCAGAAAUGUUGAAUAUUUUGGAGCAAAAGGAUGCUCUAGUCACCAUGUUAGAGGAGGACAGACAGAGGUACAUGGAGGAAGAUCGAGAUCUUGAAGCAGUAAUGUUACGUAAAGGCCUUCAACUCUCUCCACUUAGACGGGAAACUGGUGUUUAAAAGUUUUUCUGAGGUUUUGUUAAUAUGUAAAGGUGCUUCAAUGACCUGAUCAGCUAUGCAGGAUAUUCAGCAAAAGAAUAUCUUUGUAAACAUAAACUUACUA